AUGCUUCAUAAAUUAGUUAAGCUUCGAGUUCAGUAAAACCGCUAGUGUUCUCAACAACUAACAAAAUAAUUGUUCAUGAUUUGGGGACUAACAUGCCUAUUUCAAUAAUAGACAAUCAAAGAGGUUGGAACAUAUGGCAAGCUAACUGGGCUCAUGACACAUAAGAAGUAAUUUAACCUCAAUGAAAAAAAUUCAUAGGGUGUUGUUAUAAGUAGCAUUUGCUACUCCCAAGACUCAAGUUUUAUAGCAUAUUGCUGCUCGGAUGGCACUCUUGGUAUCUUUAAUCUAAAGACCAAGAAGCCAGAGUUAUUUCAUGAUAAUGGGCAUAUGCCAGGAAUCAGGAUGAUCUCUGUCAGCAUCAAUUAAAAUGAUUAAUUACUAGCCUCAGCUUCUGCAGAUGGAAUUAUUUGUAUUAGGCAUCUCCAGGGUGAGUAAAAGGUUAUGCAAUUCCACGAGAUUUAGAGAGUCACUGUUAUAUAAUUUUCGCAUGUCAAAGCCAACAUACUGGCAACAGCUCAUGAAAAUGGGAAAGUAUGUGUAUUCGAUGCUUCAACAGCCCAAAAGAAAUGUGAAUUUGAAAAUGCCCAUCAAUAGUAAGUGACUGGCUUAGCUUUUUCUCCAGUCAAUAAUCUACUGCUUUGCUCUUGUGGACUAGAUGGCAAAAUUUAGUUCUUUGAUAUCUAGGGCGUUAAGAAUGUUAAGACCAUUGAUAACUAAAAUCCCUUAACAGCUAUAUCAUUUUGCUUUGAUGGUCAUACUAUAGCAGUUGGUUCUUUGAAGGGUAAAAUCUAUGUUUACGAUCUUAAGGAUAAGCAAAAGAUUAAAAAUGAGUUGAAGGGGCAAGAUGGAAAACGUAUCAACUGUUUAUAGUUUAUGAGAAAUCCUGAAAAAUUUGCGAAUUCCCCAAGCUCAACCUCAUACUUUCAAUCAACUGCAGUAAACAUAAGAUCUUCUUAAGAAAAAAUAGCUGUUACAACUGCAAAGGAUGCAUAGAACUUAAGUGGCAUUAAAGGUGUACCUAGACCCCCUACAGCUACCACAAAAUCUUCAAAUAAUUCAGUCGCAGGCUCUAGAUCAAAAGAAAAUACUCCACUUAGUCAGUAAAAGCUUAACAAAUCAGGAAACAGCUUAAACUCUCAGCAGUCAUAAAAUAUGGAGGAGAAGACUAUUAGAUACAUCGAGGAGUAAAAAGUUAAUAAUGCUUAGUUUAAGAUUCAGGAGUAACUUGAAAAGCUUCAGCAGACUUUCGAGUAAAGCAAGCAGGCUUUGAACCUUGGAACUUCAGGCAAUCAAAGCUAGCAAUAGCAAUAACUUCCAAUAAACAAGAUAAACUUGAACUAACUGGGUACAGAAUCAUAGGCUAAUAAACUAGGUAAAAUAGAUAAAUAUGCAAGGGAUAUUGGUGGAAAUAAUACCAUUAGAGAGGAUGAUGAAUUAAUGGAAGAGCUUAGUCUCAAGAGGAGAAAUUCAAGGCCCACUCAUUUGAGUCAUGAGACUAAGGUUUACAUCGAUAAGGUGUUUCAGGAUCAGGCUGAGUAGAUCAAGAUGAGCAUUCAAUAAUCUAUUAGCAAUUUACAUAUUGAACUCAUUAGGAAUUUCACCAUUUAAGAGAACGAGUUAAGGAUGAGUCUGGGAGAUUUAUUGGAAAGGAAUAAGAGAAAAAAGUAGGAGUUGAGAUAUCUAAGAAAGGAAAAUAAAAAACUAAGGCAAAUUACCUACUGA